AUGAGACGCUCAGGUGUAGUGGGUGCCCUUCUUAUAGCAAACAUGCUCCUGGCAACACGUCUUACCCUCACUCUUCCUGUCUCUCGUUCCAUCCCCCCACGACUCCUAUCCCGCACUUCUUGUUCCCUUUCACGCCUCAAACAUUUCCCAAAAUCCCAUCCUUGUCCCCUCUGGUCCUCCUCCUUCUCUUUCUGCCUCUCCACACUCCGCAAGUCCACUUCCCCUCUUCGCGCUUCUUCUUCCUUUUCUUAUUCUCCCUUCAUGGCCGCUUCUUCGCCCAACGACGUCGUCGAAGCCAACCCUCUUUUGCAGAACUUCGACUUCCCACCCUUCGAUGUCGUCGAACCCAAGCACGUGCGACCCGGAAUUCGCGCACUCCUCGGCGAGCUGGAACGUGAAUUGGAGGAUCUGGAGCGGAACGUGGAACCGUCGUGGUCAAAGUUGGUGGAACCGUUGGAGAAGAUCGUUGACCGGUUAUCUGUUGUUUGGGGCAUUGUCAAUCAUCUAAAGGCUGUUAAGGACAGUUCUGAGUUACGUUCUGCUAUUGAAGAUGUGCAGGCAGAGAAGGUUAAGUUUCAGCUUAGACUGGGUCAAAGCAAACCUAUUUAUAAUGCGUUCAAAGCCAUUCAAGAGUCUCCUGAUUGGCAGACACUAAGUGAUGCUCGCAGGCGCAUAGUUGAAAGCCAAAUAAAGGAGGCGGUUCUUAAUGGAGUUUCCCUUGAAGAUGAUAAAAGAGAGAGUUUUAACAAAAUUGAACAGGAGCUGGAAAAGUUAUCACAAAAGUUCGGGGAGAAUGUUCUAGAUGCAACAAAGAAGUUUGAAAAACUAAUCACAGAUAAGAAAGAAAUUGAAGGAUUACCUGCCACUGCUCUUGGGUUGGCUGCACAAAGUGCAGUAUCCAAGGGGCAUGAAAAUGCCACUGCCGAGAAUGGGCCAUGGGUAAUUACAUUAGAUGCUCCUAGUUUUAUUGCUGUUAUGCAACAUGCUCGAAACCGUUCUUUGCGUGAGGAGAUCUAUCGUGCAUAUGUAUCACGUGCAUCCAGUGGAGAUUUGGAUAAUACAGAAAUAAUUAAUCAAAUUUUAAAGCUAAGGUUGGAAAAGGCCAGACUUCUCAACUACAAUAACUAUGCCGAGGUUAGCAUGGCAACCAAAAUGGCAACUGUUGAUAAAGCAGAACAACUUCUUGAAAAGCUUCGCAGAGCUUCCUGGGAUCCUGCAGUGCAAGAUAUUGAAGACCUUAAGGAAUUCUCCAAAAGUCAGGGUGCAUCGGAAGCUAGUGAUUUGACUCAUUGGGACAUUAGCUUUUGGAGUGAAAGGUUACGUGAGUCAAAAUAUGAUAUUAAUGAGGAAGAGCUGCGGCCCUUUUUCUCUCUGCCAAAGGUUAUGGAUGGACUCUUUAAUCUUGCAAAAUCACUUUUUGGCAUUGAAAUUGAGCCAGCUGAUGGUGUAGCUCCGGUCUGGAAUAAUGAUGUCAAGUUCUUCCGUGUUAAGGAUCCUUCUGGUAGUCCAAUUGCAUAUUUUUAUUUUGAUCCUUACAGUCGUCCUGCUGAAAAAAGGCAAGGUGCAUGGAUGGAUGAAGUUUUUGCUCGUAGUCGUAUAUUAUCACGUGAUGGUACCUCAGCAAGGUUGCCUGUUGCGCACAUGGUGUGUAAUCAAACUCCUCCUGUAGGAAACAAGCCAAGUCUUAUGACAUUUCGUGAGGUGGAGACUGUCUUCCAUGAAUUUGGUCAUGCACUUCAACAUAUGCUUACUAAGCAAGAUGAGGGUCUGGUUGCUGGUAUUAGAGGGAUAGAGUGGGAUGCUGUUGAAUUACCUUCUCAGUUCAUGGAAAACUGGUGUUACCAUAGAGAAACUUUAAUGGGCAUUGCAAAGCAUUUUGAAACUGGGGAGAGUCUCCCUGAAGAAGUAUAUUUGAAGCUUGUUGCAGCUAGGACUUUUCGAGCUGGCUCUCUAAGUCUUCGGCAGUUAAAAUUCGCAUGUUUAGAUCUGGAACUUCAUACAAAAUAUGUUCCAGGGGGACCUGAGUCCAUCUAUGAUGUUGACCGUAGAGUUUCUGAGAAAACUCAAGUGAUUCCUCCAUUACCAGAGGACAGGUUCCUUUGCAGCUUUAGCCAUAUAUUUGCAGGUGGAUAUGCAGCUGGAUACUAUAGCUACAAGUGGGCUGAGGUACUAUCUGCAGAUGCUUUCUCUGCAUUUGAGGAUGCUGGAUUGGAUAAUGACGAGGCUGUUAAAGAAACCGGACACAAGUUCCGGGAGACCAUUCUUGCUCUUGGAGGUGGCAAGGCACCAUUGGAUGUUUUUGUGGAAUUCCGUGGCCGAGAACCAACACCAGAUGCAUUGCUUAGGCACAAUGGCCUAUUACCUGUUGCAGCUUUGUGA